AUGAGCCGUAAUCACAACAGCACUACGAAGCGAAAUGAUCAAAAACCAGCAAAUAACAUUCAUAUCGAUCCCAACAACGGCAUUUGCAAUGAGAAUUUAAACCAAACGAAGCCAAACGCAAAGCAAUAUAUGCCAUUUACUACAGCUUACGGUGAUGGUAGAAGUAUUGCAAAUGCUGCCAUUGGGUGGCGCGCUGUGGAAGGUUAUUCAUUACAAAAGCGACUACUCAAGUCAAGGAAGUUUUUUUGCAUCUUCGGGAUUCCGGCAUUUAGCACAGAAGAUUCCAAUCUAAUCUCGACAAAUUCAACUUAA